AUGACAAACCUGAAGCGGGGAAGACCUGACAGUGUUGCCGAUAUUGGUAGACCUAACAAAUUAUCAAGAUUGAAUGCAAACCCUCCAAUUGUUAUCAUCAACAAUGAUAUAUUCCAGCAAACAAUGGAGCAAAAACGGAUCCCGUACGGGAUCCAAUUCGAACUCGCCCGUACCCUAGCAAGCAACCCGGAUUCCAUGUCUAAGUUCCAGAAUUUAAUAUCGAAUUUACCACAAGACCAGAUACCUACGCAUUCAUACUUGUUUUCUCAAAUAUUUUCGGUCAGCAGCUUGCGCAAUCUUUCGACACAUGAAGUGGCUUCCACUGCUCCAUGGGAAGAAUUAGAUAAGGAAGAAGAAGCGUUUGCCAAGGAUCCGCUCUAUGCAGGCAUUGGAAACAACGAGGAAUACCCCGGCUGGUGGGCUGGAAAUAUCAUUUUUGUAGGAAAGCUUGAAGAAACUGGUGAGAAAAUCGUGCUCGAGAAAGCUACUUUGGGUCCAUCGAAUAAAAUUCAGCGUCGAUUUGGCUCGGCUUGUAUCCUUCGCGUCAAAAUCCCGUCGAAACGUUUUUACGCAAAGCAGAAUGACCUAGUGUUGUUUUUCAAGCGUCCCGUCGUCAUCUGGAACCAUGUCUUCCGUGCCUUUUUCGCAAAGGACAAUACUGUUUUCCUCUUCAAAACGAACGAGAUCCUUCUUGAUGAACAAAUCAGUUUGAAUCCCUCGCCCCAUACUGACGAUGGGCUAUCACUGUACGAGUUCAUCAAGUGGCUCAAUCCAUUAGAAUAUAAUAGCCAUCAGAAACUAUGCAAGUGGGCUUCACGCUUAGCUCUUGGUCUUUCGAGCUCCAUCCCAGGACCGCGCUUAAAGCAAGAGGAGAUCACGUAUGAAUCAGAUAUAAUUCUAGACGCAUCAGAUCCCAGCUCGAAUAUGACAGAUGGAUGUGGGAUUUCAAGUCUUGCUUUGCACAAGGUGAUUCACGAAACCUAUCGAGAAAGACUUCAAUUAUCAGAAGUAUCGACGGCCAUCCAGUUUCGCUUGGCUGGUGCAAAGGGUAUGGUUCUUUUGGCCAAUCAUGAUAAAGUUGAAGAUCUUCAAGUCGUACUCCGGUCCUCUCAGAUCAAGAUCUGCUAUUCCUCUGUUCUAUUAGACCCAUCGCACUUAACGAUGGAUAUCUUGAGAUUUUCUCACACCAAGACUCCCGCAAAACUCUCAGAAGAAGUUAUCAAGAAUUUGCACCAUAACGGUGUUCCCGCAUCGGUAUUUAUUGGAUUACUUCAACAGCGUCUUCAACAGGUUGUCGAUGGUCUCACCGCCUGGGAAGGUCCCGACGCCAUGCCUAAACUGUGGAAAGCUGUCGAGGCUGCCGAGGGCGUAAUUGGUGCACGGAAAGCCAGGGUGUCGCCCACCGACAGCCGAGUAAGAGGCUAUGGAAGUUACGAGGACGAUGAGGACGAUGAGGAGGGUAUAAAACAUGAAACCAGCUCACAACCCUGGUGGGCGGAUCCUUUCUCCGGAUGCCCAUCGUCUAUUGCUGAAACCGUCAUGGAACUAUUGGAUUCGGGAUUUACACCUCUGAACUCACCGUAUUUGAGGGACAAGUUGAAGCAAUGCGUCAAGACUAAAAUCAAGACUGCUGCUGCAAAAUUCAAUUAUGUUCUUACGCAGAGUUGUAGUGCAUUUGCUGUCCCAGAUCCUUUCGAUGUGCUGGGCCCUGACCAGAUUUAUUUCAAGAACUCUCGAAGGGAAUUUGUCAACAAGGAUGGCAUUAAGACUGAUAUUAUUCUUGGGGAGGUGUUGAUAACACGGAAUCCGUGUAAAGUACCAACCGAUGUCCGCAAGGUCACUGCGGUGCAGCACCCAGCUCUUGCAGAUAUGGUUAAUGUGGUUGUCUGCUCUAUUCAAGGGCAUCGUCGACUGAUUGAUUACUGCGGAGGUGGUGAUUUUGACGGGGAUAGACUUCUUGUUAUCUGGGAUGAAUCAUUCGUCAAGCCUUUCACUAAUGCUGACGAAAAGUAUUCCAAGGCCCCUCCGGGUAUAGAGAGCUGUUUUGCAAUGGACAAGGAAGUAGUUGCCCAGUUUUGUAGUGACAUGCACAAAAUGGGUGAUCAAGUUGAAGGUGGGCUACAGGAUCACUUGCUUUCAUCUCUUAGAGAUCCAUGUUAUGUGGGCGAUUAUUCUCGGUUCCAUGAGAAUGCCGUUUAUGAGUAUGGCUAUGCCCAUUGGAGGUCAAUUAAUCUCGCCUACAAAUUUUGUCUUGUAUUGGAUUCAGCAAAAACAGGAUAUCGGAUCAAGUCAGAAACAUACCUUUCUGAUCGCAAGUUAUACUCGCAUCCCCUAGGACCUUCAUACAAAAUCACAGAGAAGAAAGCAUCGAUAAGCAGCAACGAUCUCCCUCUACAACGUGGGGAAGAUCUUCCCAAGUUCAUCAUGGAUAGUCUUCACAUCGAAGCAGCAAAGCAGCGUGACUACUGGUUGAUUGAAGUAGACAAUCGUUUCAGCAACGCUCCUUUGAACCUCCGUCCAGACCCAGAUCUCGUCUUCCCUUGGCAGAAUUUUUGCAAUGAGGCUAGGGAACGAAGCGAGAAAGCUAUAGUCGGCGAUCUCAACGACAUCUCCAAUCAUGUCGAGGCGAUGUACAAGCAACGAGUAGAGACAUAUGUCAACCCCGCUUCAGGUUCCUUCACCUCGCAACCUAUUACGGUUCGACAGGAUAAGAUUCGCGACUUGUCGCAGCGUUUUAUUUCGUUUCCUGGUCCACGGAACCUGAAGACAUUGAUGGAACCGACCGCAGUAGCAAGAUUGCGUGCUAGCUAUGCUUAUAUUUAUGCUAUCCGUCGUGGAGGACCUGCCGCUCAAUUUCCCUUCGAUCGUGCGUUUCGUGAGCUCUGCACGAUAAAGGCGCAGGCGGUUGGUGGUUAUAAAGUUUGUUUACAGUCGAUGAAUGACUACCGAAAAUAG